AUGGCUAGCCAGAGAAAGUCGCACGUUUUUCGGGUGACGGGCCUGUCGAGGGAACAGCCCGACUGGGAUCUCAAGACCGCAUUACAAGAGAGGGUGGCGCUGGUGCAGUUCCGCGGUGGGGUGCCUCAGUUCCUCGGUGAGCUUAGAGUCCACCCUCUUGGGGACUGGCAGGUUGAGAUGAGAGACGAUGACAUCAACUUUGACUGCCACUUCUUUGGAUUUACCCAGCUCUAUGCGCCGGAAGCUAAUGAGCCAGUGGUUGCAGAUGUCAUUGCGAUUACCGGACUCGACGGACAUGCGUAUGGAUCGUGGCAAGGAAGAGGAAAUCUGGGCCGGAUGAGGCUCCGUGACUUCCUGUCGAAGGAUCUUCCACAGUGCCGCACGAUGAUCUACGGGUACAACUCCAAGCUGUCGGGCCACGGAGUCGACACGAUCCUCGACUACGGGCGGGAGCUGAUGGAGGAAAUCAAGAAAAUUCGGAACACGAAGGAGUGCCUAGUGCGGGCUAUCAAGACGAUGGAGGGAGACCACCCGGCGAUCAUGUCGCUGUAUCGGGCCACGUACGGCAUGCUCCUUUUUGCCAUCCCACAUAAAGGAUUAGUGAUAGACGAUAUCCAGCAGAUGCUAGCCGGUGAUAAGAGCCACCCGAGAGGGCCACUACUGCAACGGAUCUCCAGCAAAUCCGACCUACUGAUCCACCAGCUGGCAGAUUUCCAAAAUCUGAUCCGAGAUCGAAAAGUGGUCAGCUUCUACGAGACGGAGCAGACAAGACGGUUGGUAUUGGACUCGGAAAGCGGACGAUGGAAACGUACCGGAGAUUUCAUAACGACGGUUGGCGCAGACUCGGCUCUUCUCCAUCUUCCCGACCAUGUAGAAGAUAAGGUGCCUCUGCAUGCAGAUCACUCGAUGUUGGUCGAAUUCGACACACGCAACACGGCCGGGUAUCGAACAGCACUCGAUAAACUGCAGCAGUUCUCCAAGGAUGCGCCCUCAGUGGUGGCGGCGCGGUUUAACCUACGCGAUGUGCAUUACGAACACGCUAUGUCCUCCAUAUCGUUCGGCAUGAAAAUUCUGGGGAACCAGGUGGGAAUCAAUUAUGGAGUGAUUCACCUGCCUUCAGACCAACAGAAAACCCCACCACCGACACGUCCGAAGCCUCAGCCAUGCUCCACGGUGCCUUUUAAGAAGGACCCGAUGUUUGUGGGCCGUGAAUCUGUCAUCAGUGCGAUCAAGGAAAGACACAAGGAGAUCGGCCAGAGUCAUGAGCGAGUGGCAUUGGUAGGGUUGGCCGGCGUCGGAAAAACGCAGACAGCCAUCGAGUAUUCCUGUCGCCUGCGAGAAUCCACACCGGACACGUGGGUUUUUUGGAUCCACGCGAGUAAUGCGGCGCGGUUAGAACAGGGCUAUCAGCAGAUUGCCGCAGUCGUGGAGAUUCCGGGACGGGACGAUGCGAAAAUGAACAUCCUCCAGCUCGUGUAUCAGUGGUUGCGUGAUGCACGCAAUGGGCGCUGGCUGAUGGUGUUGGAUAACGCGGAUGACGAUGGGAUCUUUUUCAGCAGCAAUACACCUGAUGAACGAGGGCCACUGGUGAGGUUCCAGCUGCAGGCCGCCCAUGGAUCAAUGCUGAUCACGUCGCGAAAUGGACGUGCGGCACGGAACCUGGUGGGGCGAGAGGGUCAUGUGAUCGAGGUUCGGCCAAUGAACGAGGAAGAGUCCCUCGCCCUUUUACAGGCACGGAUUCCGGCACGCCAAUCUGGAGAUUCUGGAGAGCCUGGAGCGGACGAGAAGGCGCUGGUCGAGGCACUGGAAUAUAUCCCACUGGCAAUCACUCAAGCGGGGUCUUAUAUUGCCAACCGGUUGCCCCUGGUCACUGUCGCGGUAUACCUGCGACUUUUCCAUGAGAGUGAGUCGAAGCGGACGCGGCUUCUUCAGAAUGAAGAUUCCGUGGAUCUCCGGCGCGAGCCCAGCAUUCGGUAUGCGGUGAUCACAACGUGGCAGCUAUCGUUUAAGCAAAUUCGUCAGCAGCGGCUCGCAGCGGCAGAUCUCCUGGCGUUAAUGAGUAUGUUUGAUCGAAAGGGAAUCCCCGAAGAUCUGGUGCGCGACUCUGAUCAAGAUGAACUGGACUUUCACGAUGCGUUGACGCCGCUGCUCAGCUAUUCCCCGAUCCGACUGGAGAGGAACGAACAGUUGGUCGAUAUGCACCGGCUGGUACAAUUAUCGGUCCGGGCGUGGCUAGACAUGCACCAGCAGCUCCACGGGUGGCAGGCCAAAGCACGAGCGAUUAUGGCACGGGUAUUUCCAGAUGGGAACUAUGAAAACUGGACACAAUGUCGAACGCUCCUUGCGCAUGCCAAAAGCGUGCUGCAGCCUGCGUGUGACGUUGAUGAUGAAGACGUAUUGAAUGCGGCGACGCUCUUAUCUAAUUUCGGGUGGUUUCUAGAUCUUCAAGGAGCUCACACAGAGGCAGAAUCAAUGCAUCGAUGGGCAUUAGCAACACGAGAGAAGGUGCUUGGGCGCGAGCAUCUUGACACGCUCACCAGUCUCGUUAAUCUUGGCUCCGUGCUUGAGAGGCAAGGGAAAUAUGAAGAGGCGGAAGCGAUGCAUCGAAGGGCGUUAGAAGCACGCGAGAAGGUGCUUGGCCGCGAGCAUCCUCACACGCUCACCAGUGUCAAUAAUCUUGGCUUAGCGCUUGACAGGCAAGGGAAAUAUCAAGAGGCGGAAGCGAUGCAUCGGCAAUCUUAUACUGCGAUCAGUCUCGAUGUCUAG